ACCUGUACUGUCAUUCUAGAUGGUUAACGUCUGUAGUUUCCACCUGCGGCUCAGCCCUCCUGGCAGGACCGUAUAUAAGAGAUCACACAGGUUGAGGACUCCACAUCACCAAGACUUCUACUACCACAGUUUCAUACUGACCUACAGAGCCUCUGCUGUGACCAUCAUCCACACAUCAGACCACCGUCCAGACAGACGGAGACAUCUGAGACUCCGGCAGAAGCAGACAGAGGUUAUAAAAACAGCCUUCACCCAGUGGAGUUAACACAGUCAGGACUGGCGUGUACAGCAGCCAACCCAGAGAUGAGUGUGUCCACGUGUCAGAUGAAGGAACGUUACAACCAGCAGGGAUUCCUCUCUGCUGUACCGGUCCUAGACGACACAGAGCUGAGGGAGGCCAGACAGGCCUUCAACCACCUGGAGAGAGAGUUCGGUGAGGAGUAUACCCAGUACAGUCUCCACAAUGUGCACCUGCAGUACCCCUGGGUGAUGGGCCUGGCCAAACACCCCCACAUCCUACAGGUGGUACAGUCCAUCCUGGGCUCUGAUGUCAUCCUGCUAGACUCACGCUUCAUCUGCAAGUACCCAACAACCCCCACACCCCACCCCACAGCCACACAGGCAGGAAAUGAUGCCAUCACUCUGACCAGUGAGGAGGAAGUGAGGUCAUCAGAGAAGGACCAACAGAGUGAGACUGGACUGCCCUUCGUGGCCUGGCACCAGGAUAUGAGGUACUGGGGAAUAGCUGGGGGUCCAGUCCUGUCUGUGUGGCUGGCUCUAGACGACUCACUGGCAGAAAACGGAGCCCUGAAGGUCAUCCCAGGAAGCCACUGCUCUGGCAUGCUGCCCCACCAACUCGCCUCCCGCCCCGGAAACAUGCUGUCAGUCAACCAGGAGAUCCCUGAGGAGCUGGUGCAAACGGAUAGCGCUCUACUCUGCCCCCUGCUGGCUGGGCAGAUGUCUAUCCAUGAUGGGUUCCUGGUCCACGCCAGUGACCCCAACACAUCCCAGAAGAGACGCUGUGGCUUCGUGAUACGAUACGUCCCUACCUGUGCCUACCCUAUACAGGACCCAAACCGUCCCAGGCGUUUCCAUGCUACAGUGAUGGCUAGUGGAUCAGACCAGUUCAGUCACUUCUCCACCUUGCUGUGAUGAGCCUUACAGCACAACUGCAACCAUAUCCAUAGAGAUACCAUUACCGUAUUACUGUCUGAUACUUAGAGGAACCUAAUGAUACUGUACUCACCUUGAUGACUUACUGCUGUGUUCACCUUGAUGACUUACUGCUGUGUUCACCUUGAUGACUUACUGCUGUGUUCACCUUGAUGACUUACUGCUGUGUUCACCUUGAUGAUAUCGGAUGAACGGUUUAAAAAUCACUUUUUGUUCAUAGCCCCCCAUAUUAGGAGACCAAAUGUACUGGGACAAAUUCACUUCUAUGUAUUAAAGUAGUCAAAAGUUUAGUAUUUGGUCCCAUGUUCACAGCACGCAUUAACUAUAUCAAUCUUGUGACUCUACAAACGUGUUGGAUGCAUUUGUUGAUUGUUUUGGUUGAGUUUCAGAUUAUUUUGUGCCCAAUAGAAAUGUUAAAUAAUGUAGGAUUAGAAUCGACUAUGUUUCUAAACACUGCUACAUUAACGUGGAUGUUAUCAUGAUUAUGGAUAAUCCUGAAUGAAUCUUGAUUAAUGAUGAGUGAGAACCUUACAGACAAAAACAUCAUACUCUCCAAAAAUGCUAACCUCCCCUGUUAUUGUAAUGGUGAGAGUUUAGCAUGUCUUGGGGGUAUGAUAUAAAAUGCUAACCUUCCCUGUUAUUGUAAUGGUGAGAGGUUAGCAUGUCUUGGGGGUAUGAUAUAAAAUGCUAACCUCUGUUUUCGGGGUAUGAUGUGUGCAUAUAACUUUUUUUACUUUCUCCCUCGUCAUUAUUCAUUCAGGACUAUAUGUCGUCAUGGUAACGUCCAUGUAGAAGUGUUUCGAACAGUACAGCAUGUGUCACUGUCCCAAUACCGGUGGAGCUCACAGUAUCUGGGUUGGACUGGGUUGGACUGGGUCGGGCUGGGUUGGACUGGAGUCCAUCUCCUGUUUCUGUAGAGUGGACCAGAACGGCCCGUAGCGCAGGAGUCCAUCUCCUGUUUCUGUAGAGUGAACCAGAACGGCCCGUAGGGCAGGAGUCCAUCUCCUGUUUCUGUAGAGGGAACCAGAACGGCCCGUAGGGCAGGAGUCCAUCUCCUGUUUCUGUAGAGGGAACCAGAACGGCCCGUAGGGCAGGAGUCCAUCUCCUGUUUCUGUAGAGUGAACCAGAACGGCCCAUAGGGCAGGAGUCCAUCUCCUGUUUCUGUAGAGUGAACCAGAACGGCCCGUAGGGCAGGAGUCCAUCUCCUGUUUCUGUAGAGUGAACCAGAACGGCCCGUAGGGCAGGAGUCCAUCUCCUGUUUCUGUAGAGUGAACAAAAAGGCAAGCCACUCUGAAGGUGACCUGAGCUGACCUGUUAUUUUAGUGCAUUGAUAAUGAUAAUAAUUACAUGUUUAAAAUGUGAAUGGAGGCCAAAUUAAAUGCUGAAUGAACAUGUAAGCUAAUGUAUCUGGGACUUCAUGCUAUAUUACCUCUUCAUGUGUCUUAUUGUGAUUUACGUGUUGAAUAAACCAUCUCACUAUACACUGGCA